GAGUGAGACAGAUAGGAGUCUGCACCGCACACACACACACAGACGAGGAGCUGAGGAAUAACUGGAGCUAAAUACCCUCUGCGGUCUCCCAGCAACGGCCCUGACGCAGAAAUCCCAGCUUUUUUCCAGGGACUCGUGCUGAGAAGAAGCUCUCGCCGCCGGCUGCAGGUAGUCGGUGCAAUCCGGAAGCUGCAUCAUGGACCCUGGGCACAGCUCCUUCCCCCAGUAAAAGCAGGUGAGCACACCUUCUCUCUCAGUGCAUUCGGAGGGACGCCUGCUUUCCGGGUCUUGUGAACAGAAUGAUAACAGCUACGCUGUAAAUAAGGCACAAUGGCCUCCUGGUCUGUGCCAAAACUUGAAGUAAGUCUUUUCGAAGAUGAACAGGACAACCCAGAGAGUCAGACUGAUGAUCACCUGAGGAGUUUAAAAGCACUGACCCAGAAACUGAGACUUGAAACCAGAAGGCCUUCUUACCUAGAGUGGAAAGCCAAUCUGGAAGGGAAAGACUGGAAAAGCACAAAGCCAUUGGAUGACCAAGAGCCUGCAGUUACAAAGAAACCCAGUGAGGACCCCAGCAACUUCAAGAAAGCACAAAAGCAACUCAGUGAGAAUUCUGACAAGGAUAGGAGCUUGACUCCAGGGAAAUUUAGUGGCUUUGAAAAUAUCGACCAGGCAUUGAACUGGCUCAGGAAGGAAUUGACAGAAAUGCGUCUGCAAGACCAACAGCUGGCCAGGCAACUGAUGCGCCUUCGCAACGAAAUCAGCAAGCUGAAGAUUGAGCAGACCUGCCACUUGCACCAGCGGAUGCUUAACGAUGCCACCUAUGAGCUGGAGGAGCGGGAUGAACUGUCGGAUUUGCUCUGUGACUUCCCAGUGACCAAUGCCUUCUCUCUGUCGGCUCCUCUCAAGCUCAUCGGCGUGACUAAAAUGAACAUCAAUUCUAGACGGUUUUCUUUGUGCUAAGAGCAUCGUGUGUUGUUUAACUGCAUUUAACAGCUGAAUAAGGCUGAAUAGUUUUCUCUUUUCUGAUUUUUUUCCUCAAUGUUUUGCUUUCCCCUUUACUCUAUUUCCCCGUUUCCUCCAAGCUUCUCCCGAUGACAGCAAUUCUUGGUGUGGUAUUUCUCCAUCAGUAACAGGAAUGACCCUUGCAGGGUGAGUAUCAGCAGGUUACAUGGUUCAGUCCUCUCCUUGUGAUCGAGGUGCAGAUCAGAAACAUGGGAAACUCGAAAAGAUUAUCACACUCUUUUUAUCCAGGCUUGCUACAGAAAGUCACUUUGCCUUAUCUGGGGAUCCCUUGAUCAAACACAGGACUCUGUUGGUCAUCAGACCCGAAGAAUGUCAAAGAGAGUUUCCCAACCUAAGGUUCAUGGACCCCUUGCUUAAUGGUAUUGGUCAAUGGCAUAAAAAAAGGUUGGGAACUCCUGGUCCAAAAGCACUUUGAUUUCAAAAGGGCACUACUGAGGAUCCUUUUCAACUUUAGCAACUUGGGAAAUCAGGAGUUGUGGAGAGGUGUUAUACUCCCUCCCUCUAGUUUUUACGAAUUCCUGUCAGCAGGAAAGGUUACCUGCCACGACCACUGCUGUGCCACUACUGCUGGAAAAUAAUUCACCCAACCUGAGACUGUCAAUCCAGUUAUAAAAACAGAAAAUUCUGGAGCCACUCAGUGCAUCAGGCAGCAUCUGCAGAAAGAGGAAGUGAGUUAGUACCCUUCAUAUUAGAACCGGGGAAGAGGGAAAAACAAGUUUGCUUUAAUUUGCAGAGAAGAGCGGGAGUGAAUAUCUGUGAUAGGUUGACAGUGGAAAACCCAAAUGCAGAUUUGGUGAACAUUCUGUGGAGUACCUGCAUUCAGUCUACAGUAGUAAUCCUCAGUUUCCUGUUGUGUGGCACUAUUGCCUAUGGUCUCCUGCACCGUUUGGAGUAAGGCCCACUGGAAACUUAGAACAACACCUCAGCUUUGGAACUGGCACACUGGGUAGCCUUUCACAUUCAGUAUCAAAUUGCAUAGUUUGAGGUAGCUUGCUUUCUCUGUCUGCAUCAGAACCGCUAUUUCUCUUCUAAGUGACAUUGGCUCCAUUUCUCCUCUCUCCAUGGUCACCUCCUGACUUGCUGAACAUGUCCAACAAACCUGCAACAUUUUAUCCUCCAUUGCUUGUGUCGUCACUGUCUGACUGCUGCCAUUAACCUACCGACCAUUACUCAUCCCCAUGGCAACCCUGACCUCACCCUUUCACAAUUAUUCUCUUGCUUCUAUCUAUUCCCCACCCCCAUGUGCCCACCAUUUCGUUGCAACUUCAGACUUGUGUUUCUCUAUUUCCUGGUCCUCGUGUAGGGCAUUGGACCUGUAAUUUUAACUCUGUUUAUCAUUUCACCGAUGCUGUCUGACCUCUCUUGAGUGAUUCAGCAGUUUCUGUUUUUAUUUUAGAUUCCCCAUAUUUGCAUUUUUCCAUUAUCCAGUUUGUUGAGGAAUUACCAUAUUGCUUCCACUACAUUUGCCUCUUAAUUAAGGUAUCAGACACCUAAAGGCAACUGAGGCCUCACCAGUGCUUUACAAAGCCUCACUGUUAUAAGGCCUCACCAGUGCUGGAGCUUUAUAACGUACUGGUGAGGCCUCACGGAGUGUUGUCAGCAGUUUUGGGCCCCUUAUUUAAGAAAGGAUGUGCUGACAGUGGAGAUGGUUCAGAGGAGGUCACGGGAAUGAUUCUGGUAAGGAAAGGCUUGUGAGGAGACAUUCAUGGCUCUGGACCUUUACUUGCUGGAAUUGAGAAGGAUGAAGGGGGAUCUCACUGAAUCCUAUCAAAUGCUGAAAAGUCUAGAUAGAGUGGAUGUGGAGAGGAUGUUUCCUAUGGUGGGGAGUCAAGGACCAGAGGGCACAGCCUCAGCAUAGAGAGGGGCAUCCAUUUAGAACAGAGUGAGGAGGAAUUUCUAUAGCCAGAAGAUGGAGAAUCUGUACGAUUUUUUUGCCUCAGGUGGCUGUGGAGGCUAGGUCAUUGGGUGUACUUAAGACAGAGGUUGAUAGGUUCUUGAUUAGUCAUGACAUGAAAGGUUACGGGGAGAAGGCAGGAGAAUAGGGUUGAGAGAGAAAUGGAUCAGCCAUGAUGAAUAGAGGAGCAGACUCAGUGGGCAGAAUGGCCUAAUUUUGCUCCAAUGUCUUAUGAUCUUAUGAUCCUGAUAUCCCUGAAGAGUUAGGCUUUUAGUUAGCAUGUAGCCAAUGGGACAAAUCCUAAUGAAUUCGUGCAUUUUGAAGAUUCUGAUGCCCCAUCCCAUAUGAAUCUCCUUUGAAAUUCAUGCAGAGUUGUUCAUAUCUUUCCCCCACUGACAGGAGAAACACAGCUUGGAAACUGGGUAACGUGAUGCUUUAUUUUCCACUGGUAUCUGACCGGGGUUUGAAUCAGCUCAAAGUUCCAAACAUCUCCAGGUUAAGUCAAGGCAGUUCAUGAAUAUGGAUUCAACACUUCCUGGUGUUAAGUCAACCUUGCAACCCCAAUGCAAGUUCCACACCAUGUCUCCAUGAGCUAUUGAAAUGGCAGGCAAACCCCAGACUUCUUGUCCUGAGUGAGCUUGUCAUAGGGGUACACAGACCUGGGGGGGGGGGCCUUGAGUUAAAAUAUAUAACCCACUCUUCAGGUUACUCUCAAAGCCUACAAUGCUAGCCUAGUGGUUAGUGUAAUGAUUUACAGCCUCCCCCAGGUUCAGUUCCGCUACAAUCUGCACAUUCUCCUCAUGACCGCGUGCGUUUCCUCUGGGGGCUCUGGCUUCCUUCCGCAUUCCAAAGAUGUACAGGUUAGUGGUUUAAUUGGUCAUAGGUGUGCAAUUGAGCAGAGUGAGCUCAUUGCCAUAUCUCUAAGUAAAAACUCCUCCAAAUGCUGCCUUCGCAGCCUACUCCCUGAACCCUACAUCUCUACCCAAACCUUUGCUGAACUCCCUCCUUUCUUUUCCCCACUCCUCCUACUGCUGCUAUCAAUCCCUCUCCAAGAACAUGUAGUCUCCGUGGUCUCACCAGACCCUCCCAAACGCCAGGCCGACCUCCCGCCCCCCCACCCCCAACCAGUCCCCAUGAACAGACGAAAGAGGCAAUGGAGCACCAUUAGCAGUGGAGAACGCCAGCCUCCCCACCCCUCCUCCCUGUGUGCCUGUAGCUAACCUCCAAAGAACAGACUCAUUCUCAACUAUCAGCUUGCACAAAUUCAAAUUCAGUCCAAAAUAGUCAAUAGUAAUUUGCAUGGUGAACAAGGGGAAAGUCCCUUGACAGAUCACUGAAAAUCCCCCACACGAUUUUAAAAGCCUGGGAAGAAACAGCACCAUGACGUCCAACACUUUGGACCAAUCGUGUGAUAGGUCACUGCUCCGUUCUGUAUCACUGCUACCACAGUCCUGCACAGUAAGUUCCUGAUCGCCAAUAUGGCAAGCCUGGGAAGAGUGCAAGCUGAGAUUUUUUUUUCAUUAUUCAUCUUUUGUGAUGUGGGGAAUCACUGACAAAGCCAGCAUUUAUCGCCCAUCCUUCAUUGCUCUGGAGAAGGUGGUGGACCGCAGUCCUGAGGAAAAUGCUGUUGUGGAGGGAAUUCUGGGAUUUAGACCCAGCGAUGACAUAGGAACUCCUAUGUUUCCAAGUCAGAAUGUUGUGUAAAUUGGAGAGGGAAGCAGAUUUGCUGCCGUUUCUACGUGGUUGAUGUUCCUAUCCUUGUUGGUAGGGGUCAGAGAAAACCAUGGAAAAUCCUGGGAUGUAGUCAUGUCACUGCUGGUAUGUUAUUGAAGACCAUGUUUAAUCAAUAACUAGAAGUCAUUUGCUUAUCCUAAAGUAAUCUCUGAUUACACAUAGUAAAACUGUCAUGGGGAGUCCAAUAAUGGGGCAACUACUUUUAUACAUGUCCCAUCCCCAACAACCUUAUUAGCUUUAACCCUUUAAAGACAAUCACAUUCAAUUUUAAAGUAAACAUUUUUUAAAAAUUGAAAUUUAACAAAUUCUGCAAACGAUGCACUGCAAUUACUUAAAAAGGAAUACUGUACACAUAAACUUCUGAGCUGCUGGAAAAUGAUCCCAGGAUAUGUGCAGUCAGGAAGAGGUUAAAACCUAAAUACAGCACUAUGAAGUAGUGAGUGAGUUCAUGCUCCCAAUUCCCCACAGAGCGAGUUCCUCAAACUGAUCACAUCUUUGAUAUGAGAUGCUAGGUGGAAGAAAGACAUACAACUAUCUGAAUAGAGUGAAAAUCAGAGGUGGAUUAUUCAACAAUUGUAUUUGUUUUAAUUAAUAAUUCUGCUUCUCUCACUGUCCCCACAUCUGCUGAUUGAAAAAAAUGCCCCCAGUAGUCUGAGGGAACUUCAGUGUGCUGAAAGCUAUGGCCACUGUGUCGAAAUGUAACUAUUAAAGCUAUUGUUGUGGGACAUUGUAAAACCACGACAACUAAAGUACUUAUUUAUAGUUUUAAUAUUGCUGCAAAACAAGAUGGGGAGCGAAUUGUGCACUGUUCUUGUGACAAUCACCUUCCCCGAGUCAGAAGGCAAAGCCCAAAACGAUAGCUGGAGACAAGACAACAUCGGACCAGGCUAAGAGGGUUUAUGUGAUACUUUAAAUCACCUGUAGAAUGGGAUUUAUAUUUGAUAUGAAGGUGGGAAGGAAACAUGAAGUACUUUAAGACCAAACAUUGGUCAUUUGACUUAGUUGGAACUCUCUGAACUGUUAAAGGACGUCAAUGUGGUUGGAAUUUUCUCUCUCACCUGCCAGGGUUAGGGAAAUAAAUUUGCCCAGGAAAAAAUGGCCCAUUGUUCUGAAAUCUACCUUGAAGAUAUUGUGAUCAGAUAUGGGAACAGUGUUUGUCAGUAACACCAAAAGAAAACAGCCCUCACAGAUCCUUCAGUGGGUCUCCUCUGUUUGAUACCAUUUGGCAACAAGGAAGACAUCAGAUAAGCUGAUUAACCAAUUAUAUAGUGGGUUUCUCAGAUGCAAUGAAGCAAGGUCAUUGUAGCAGACACAAACGAAAGAAUACAAUGCCUAUCUGAAUGGAGGAGUGGGAAAACUGACCAAAGUUUUACAAGGCCAAGGAGAAUGGAAGUCAGACUCUUCAAUAGCCAAAACAGAAAAAUGAGAUUUGUAAGAUAAUUAGAGUAUUUGCAUAUCAAUUCUGAAAGAACAAAUCACCACUUUAAUCAAUCACCAUUGUUUUGUUGUUUUGCUGGUAAGGCCAUCUGUAACUUCUCUACCUGGGAUAUUGAAGAUGCUGUUGUAAAAUUUAGGGAAGUAUGUUUAAUUCUAUUUAGGAUCCACCCCUCACUCCACCUUUAGUUUUCUCCCUGCUUCUAACAACAGCCAUUUAUCCCAGAAGUGGUUCCAUUGCUGCCAACUGUCAUCCUUUCCCUUACAACCGGCUUUGCAUCGUCCAUUGGCCUUGGCAGAUUACUGAGCAAUCUACGCAAGUCCAAUCCUCUUGUGCAAUAUCAAUCAGAACUUCCAGCAGCGGCAUUUAAAGCUUAUUAGUAAUUAAUUAGAGAUUUUGAAAAGAAUUUUGUCUUUCCUGGAGAUUAUGGCUUGGUACCACGCCACUGAACCCUGGCAGAAAGAACACGCACAUAGAAUUCUGGAGAAACUCAGCAGAGCAGGCAAUGGAGAGAAAUGAGAAUUCGAUGUUCUUGGGCUGAGACCCUUCAUCAGGUCUGAUGAAAGGUCUCAGCCUGCAACGUUAACUGCUCUUUUCCCUCUGUAGAUGCUGCUUGACCUGCUCAGUUCCUCCGGCAUUUUGUGAGAGUGUGUUGCCCCAGAAUUCCAGUACUUGCAGAAUCUCUUGUGUCUCCAUGCUAGAAACAAAACUGAAUAGGUGCUGAUUAAUGCUUCCCUCUGCUGUCAUUCUAGUUUUGUGCCUUUGCAUUCUUUUAUUGUCAGGAUGAAAGUGGACAGAAGCACAGAUGGUCUUUUUCCAAGUUGGAAGAAGCUGAUGCCAGCCUUAUCUGUCACUGCCAAAGUGGAGAAUGUGUGAGUGAAUGAAGCCAACUAGAUUUCUCCCACUCCUUUGGAAGUGAUGCCUUGUGUAUAUAACUAUUCCUGGAACUAGACCGGGGUGGGAGGGGCUUACUUUGAAUUACAGAUAAAUAAAGAAAAUCCAAAGGAACUCAGCAAGCUAGUGCAGGUGUUACAGAAAUAACAUGUAAUUCAGAGAAAUUCAAAGGACUGGUGUUGUUUUGACAGAAAAAUGUCAAGAAGUGCCCAAUUGCAAAUAGAAUCUGACUGAUCAUGCCGUAACAUCAUAACAAGCUGCUGGGUGUGUGCAGCCACAGUAUUAUAUCAGAGAUUGUGUUUGUUUGCUUGAAGACUGAAAAGUAGAUGCCCAGAAGCAUUGGCUCACAGCUGCUUUUGUUCUUCUGAUGAUAGUUAUAACCAUUGGCUCUAUGUCAGAAGAAUCUGAAUGGGAGCAGAUACUGCCCUUGACAGUAGCUAUUGCUUUGUCGUGGCGGUUUCAAAAUUAAUAAAAAUGUAAAAAGGGAAAACCGAGGAGUUGUCUUCAUUGACUUAAAACCGCUGGUUAUUGUGCUCUUCAUCAAUGGGGAAAGAUGUGUGGCGAUGUCAGCGGA